CAGCGAGGCGGAGGGGAGGCAGGGGAAGGGCCGCAGAAAUGUCAAACUACUUCACUUGACGCUACAUGAUGGAUUCUCUCUCUCUCUCUCUCUUUGAUUCAUUAUAUACACAGCGUUGAAAAUACUUUUAAUUAGCUUCUGUAGUGUUCCGCUGCUCCCCUAACACCACAAUGGACUCUAACAUUAUGGAGAUAAUAGAGGAAUUCAUGGAGAGUGCGUUGGUGCAAUGGGUUCAGCUGUUUGAGAAGAUGGUUGAGAGAGAGGAUGGCGUCCCUCUCUACAGCCAAUACAUGGAAGUAAACUCAAUAACCCAGAGUACCAGGGACCGCUACAUGAGGCUGACCAAUGGGAUUUUCCUCAAUGAGGUCAUGAGGAUCAUAGACCAGAACCCCAAAGUGGAGCGGCUGUACAACAGCGAGAGAAGUGACCACAUGCUGAGAGUACAGAACUUUUCGAUUUUAAAUCGACACCUCAGAGCCUUCUACCAGGAAGACUUGCAGCAGUUGAUACUGAUGCCUCUCCCGAAUGUUGCCAUCCUGGGGCAGGACCCCCUAACAGAGGCAGCCGUGGAAGAGCUCAGGCGACUGCUGCUGCUUUUACUGGGAUCUGCUGUGCAGUGUGAGCAGAAGGAGACGUUCAUUCAGCAGAUCCAGUCUCUGGACAUCGAGACCCAAGCAGCCAUCGCCAGCUGUAUUCAGCAGGUGACUCAGGAUCCUCACAUGGUGCUGCCGCUGAGGUGGGAGGAGCUGGUGGAGGUUGAAGGUUCAGAUUUACAGCUGGUGUUCAGCUCAAUGGCCAAACAGAUCCAAAGCCUGCUGGCACAGAGGGAUACACACUUGGAGAGGAUGGCCGAGCUGUGUCGAGAACGGGAGGCCCAUGUGGAUUCAAGCAUGGAGCCCCUGGGAGGUCGCAGCGAGGAGCCACCCCAAGGUCUGGCACUGCAGCUGGCAGACAGCAAGGCCAAACUCCGCCGCCUCAAACAACAACUGGAAGAUAAGGGGGAUCAGAUAUUGGAUUACACUCAGGAGAUUCAAACCAUGGAGGAACAGCUCAAGAAACUUCAGAAAGAGAACCGUUCUUUGCAGGGGGAGGUGAGGGGCAUGCGUUCGCUUAGGGACGAGCUGGACUGCGCCCGAGAGCGAGCUGCGCGGACUGAGCAUCUGCAAACUGAGCUUCAUAGCUGUAAACACAGAUUGCGCAGCCUGGAGCUAACACGCACUCAGCUGAAGGAGCAACAGCAGCUUUGUGCCGCACUGCAGGAGACCAAAUCUCUUUUGGAAGAACAGCUGGCAGACGCAAGGGCACGCUGCUCCUCACUACGGGAGCUUGAGAGGGACAAUCUUCUGCUGCGUCAGAGAAUCAUAGAUGUUGAAGCAGACCGUGACACUGAAAGGCAGCGAGUUGAUGAGCUGUUAGAGAUGAAUAUGAGUCUUGAAGCCGACCUGAGGCUCGGCAGUAGAGGCAACAGUGUUUCUGCUCCGGUUCACCAACGUUUCUUCCAAUCAGAACUGGACUCUGACGAAGAGCUGAGCGAGCUGAUUGAUCAGAAGCCGCUGAGUGUGGAGGUGGGUGAGGCUUCAACGCUGAGGCUGCUGGGAGCCGAGCAGGAGAAUGCAGAGCUGAGGAGACGACUGGAGGAGCUGCAGGCCCAGCAGGAGGCUGAAUUGCCAGAUGCAAAGGAUGAGCAGGAUUGCCUGGAGAUGGAGCAUCAGAACACGCUCAAAGAGUGUCAAAACUUGAAGAAUGAAAAUGCCACUUUGAAGCAGCGUCUGGAGCAGCUGGUGAUUAAACUGAAAAACCUUGAAGAUAAGAGGAAGGAGGAAACAGUGAAGAGUCAUGGCAGGGAAGAGGAGGAGAUGGUGGAGAGAGGAGUGAAGGGCUCUGAAUCCUGUAGGGGACAGGGUGUAGGAAGGGUGAGGGUGAUGGAGGAGGGGGAAAGGAGAGGAGAAAUUAUUGGGACCAAUAGGGAAGCAGGAGUUGGGGAAGAGGUUUUUAAUGUUCAAGGAGGAAAAGGAGAACUGUGUGAUGAGGAUGAAGAGACCAAAAGGAGAGGAGAGGCAGAGGGAGGGCAGAAAGACAGAGAGAAGCAGGAGAAAGAAAGAGAAAGAAAGAAAGAGCAGGCUGCAGUAACAACAAGCUCAGAGAUCCAAAAGCAUCCUGGAAGUUUAGAAGAUAAUACAGAGGCUUCGGAUGCACAGCAGACUGUGUGUUCCCUGUCUGGUGCCAAUGUGGAGCUUCUAACAAACCGGCUCCAGGAGGCCCAGGACGAGGCUGACCGGCAGGUGAUGUUGGCCCAGGACCUGCGCUCCAAACUGGGGGAGCAAAGCAGGAAAACCUGGGAGGCUGAGCAGAGACUGUUUGUCCUGGAGGCUGAACUGCAGCAUCUAAGGAAAGCUGCAGAGAGUCUGGGAGACGCCCGCAGACAAAUAGAGGCUCUACAGUCGGACGGUCUGGUUAUGGAGGAGGAGUUGUGCCGCCUGCGGAGUCAAGUGGAUCUGCACAGGAUGCAGACCACAGUCAUCGCUACACUGGAGGGAGAGCGGGCUGCACUGGAGAGAGACAGAGACGCGCUACGCAGCACAGUGGACGCCCUGCGCACCGCCCAGCGCAAGGGUGACAAUUUAGAGCUCAGUCUUCAGACUCUCAGGUCUGAGCUGGAGCGUCAAGGUCGGAGUCUGGAGCUCUCUCGUCGACGGGAGGAGGAGCUUGAGAAAGAGCUCUGCGAGGCCACAUUGGAGGCUCAAGCUCUGGCUCGGACGCGAGACCAGGCUCUGCUGGAGGCGUCCCGGCUGGAGCAGGAGAAGGAGGUCUGUCAGACGGAGCUGGACGGCCACAGGAAAGAGGGGAGGCAGAGAGAGAGGGAGGCAGCGAGGUUGAGGCAGCAGCUGGAGAGUACAACCAUGGCCCUUGAGCACAGCAACCAGAGAGCUCGAGCUCUGGAUGCUGAACACAGACAUGUGUGUCAGCAGCUGUCUGAGUCAAAGGAGCUCUGCACUCGGCUGCAGGACCUGGAGAAAGAGCUCGGCACUCGAUUGAGCAGUAUGGAGGAAGGCCAACAGCACAUGCAGGAGCAGUAUUCAGAUGCUCAGGCCAAGAUGACAUCGCUAUCACAGGAUCUAUCCAAGGAGCAGGAACAUUCUCAGAAACUAUCUGCUGAAGUGGAGCGUCAAAAUCAGAAACUACAAAAAGCAGAGGCUGAACUUAAGAGGACGACUGAUUCACUAGACCAAUCACAGGAGAGAAUCCAGGCGCUCUCACAGAGCCUGAAGAAAAGCGAAAGUCUUCUCCAGUUGGAGAAGAGCAGAGGAAGUGCAGAGGUUGACGCUAUGUCUAAUCCAAAUUCAGACUCCUCAAACACAACACACGGUAGUCAGACACACGCCAAAGAGACGUCACAUUUGGAUCAAUCCCCUAACGCUGGCAAAGGUCACAACCUUUCUGUUAGUCAUGAUGAUGCCUUAGGAGAGGCUGAGAGGAAACUGAGUGAGAGGUUGACAGAGCUGGAAAAAGAGAAAGCAGUGGCAGUGGCAGCACAGGAGGCUCUACUGUCCCGGUUGUCUCAGUCCCAGGAGGCUUGUGGGCACCUUAAGGAGCAGCUGGAGGCUCUGCGCCGGCACUCCCUCAGCCUGCAGGACUCCUGCACAAGGCUACAGACACUGAACACUGAGCUACAGGUGGAGCAAGCUUCCCUGAGUUCCCAGCAUGCAGCAGUGCUGGCUCGCUACAGUGAGAGUGAGGCCCGUUGUGCGGCUCUGGAGGCCGAGUCCAAGGUGUGGGCACGGGAGCGGGAAGAUUCAGUGGCUAGGAUGGAGGCUCUGAGGAGGGACCAUGAGCGGAUGACGGUGCUACAACAGAGGCAGGAGGUGGAGCUGGAGGAGCUGCUGGACAAACACUCAGAGCUGAGGAGUAACAACCGCAGUCUGGAGGGCCAGCACAGGGAGCUGGAGGCAAGGUACAAGGAGCUCCUGGACUGUAAAAUCCAGCUUGAGGAGCGAGAGCAGGAGAUAAAGACGGAGAGAGAGGAGAUGGAAGCAGAGGCCCAAAGGAGACAGGAGAGAGAAAGAGAGCUGGAGAGGCUGAAAGAAGACAGUGACAGGCUGCAGGCCCAGCAGAAAGAGUGGUUGGCAUCCCAGGCUGAGCUUCUGGCUCAGGGCUCGGUGCUCAGGGGGGAGCUUAGCACCUCCCAGCUGGAACGAACGCGGCUCGAGGGGGAACUCAGUGCCCUGAGGGCAACAAAUCAGAGUCUGGACCUCAGCAACGCCCGCCUCACCAGCCAGUUCCAGCUGUUAAACCAGCUGAAGGGGAACAUGGAGGAGGAAAACCGACAUUUAGCGGACCAGAACCAGAGCCUGCUGAAAGAGAACCGGGCCUUACUGGAGCAGAGUCUGGAGCGCCGGGACCAGCACUAUUCACAGCAGAGGGAGUCCCAGGAGAAGCUGAGCGAGCUCCGUCGGGAGAAGCAGAAGUUGGUGGAGAAGAUUAUGGAUCAGUAUAGAGUCCUCGAGCCCAGCAUGCAACCUCCUGCCAGCAAAGCCAAGAAAUCUAACUGGAUUGCAGACAGGAUGAAGAAGCUAAUCAAACCCCGCGGAGGAGGAGGGAAAGAGGGACGUGCCCUCUCCACCGCCGCGGGCAGCGUGGAAAACCUGGCGGACAGCCCUGAAUUUACAUCCGACACACACACACCUCAGCCUGACCCCCGCAGUGCUCCAGUAUCUCCCUCUCCGAUGAGAAGAGCUCUGUCACAAGCAGAUCCAGAAAUCUCCGUUCCCGGGACCCCAACCAUGCGCUCCGGCUCUGGGGGCCGUCGUAAACUGGGAUCACGUCACGGCUGGGGGCUCGGGCUGACCAGAGGAGGCUCUGGAGUUUCUCAGUCAUUCAGUCCAGGUGAUAACAAAACUCCUCCCCGCCUGCGUUCCAACCAGAACACCUCCACUGUCCUGUGGGAGGGAGAGCGAGGCCAAGCAAACACAGAACAGGCAGGGGACGCAGCACUGACCAACCAGCAGAGUGUUGAGGAGGGUGAGAGCAGAGGUGAGCAGGAGAAAGUCGAAUGAGGAAGAUCAAUGGUCGUACACAAAUCACCACCCUUACAAUACUCUUAGUGGUAUUAUCUUGAAAAAAUGAUAAAUGAUAAAAAUAAGAUGGUUUUUUUGUAUUUUUUAUAAAAAGAAAAAUAAAUACUUAUGUUUAAAUA